GAAUGGCAGUGCUCGGUGAAAGGUGGCGAAUUAAAACAUGGCUGUCGUCCGCCACGAAAACACCCGUUCAAGGACCCCAGUCUUCUGCUCUGAACGGGUAGCAUUUUUGUUCUACUUCUUCUCCAACGCCAAGAUGCCCCCAUCAGAGGCAAUACCACUCAAUCCUCCUCAUGCUACCGCAUUCAAUGCUUUCAGGGUUGAGAAGCAGAGUCACCCCGGCCGACAACGAGCCAGAUUUGGCCCUUAGCGUCGACGAGAAGUAGAAGCUGUGAGAUGAAAGGGCGCGUGUUUGAGUGUUCACGUGAUGACAUCUGCGUCUCGUGCCAACAGCUAGUUGUCCAUGCACAUCAAAGACAUACGUUGACGUUCUCGGCAUGUAUUCGGACUAGUACAUCUGAUGCAAGUGUGUUUGACUUCUACAUUCCGCCUCCGGGCCAAAAUCGAGACAUCAUACUCACAAAGAGCGAACAACUGUCCACGACAACAAUCAGCCUCGACUUCUCGUCUCUGAUUACGUGGGAUCUAGAAUUCCUUGUCGAUGACGUGGUGGGCUGGCUCAACAAGUCUACAAUUUCCGAAACUAGCAAAGUUGGCAUCCUGUCCUCUCCUCGACUCCUCGGUCUCAUUCAGCCUUUCAUCGAAGAUGAUAUUAUGGAACAAUUUCAUCGCAUGAUUUACGCCAUCUCUCUGGCAUACACUCAGCCACACACGCCAAACAGACAUCACUUGACCACUCCCGAACUGCUGCAGAUUGGGUCCUUUGCUGGCCACAAGUUUCUCAGGAACCUCGACAAGCUAUUGAAGCCACAACGUUUGAGGGACUGCUCUCUGGGCCGACUCCGAGCACUUUUUCUUCUAAUAUUUGGAGCCAUUCUGGCGGCUGGUUACACCUCUCCCCAGCCUUCGGGCAACACCCAACAGGAGCUUGCCCAAUUCAAGGAUACUCAAGAUUUCCUAUGCCAAAUCCUCGCGCACUACCUGCUCUACCUCGGGUCACAAAUGAAACUCCCGAUUACGAGUGAAACGCAGCAGUUCAUUCCGCAGGCAGCGCCUGCCAGGCGGCAUAGACAGGGACUGUUCCAAUGGGCGAUCGCGCCCGAGGUUGAAACAUACAACCCGGAGACAACCUCAAACGGGUCACCUCAAGUUACUUCGGUAGAUCAAUUAUCUGAGAACCCAUUCGUCCUCAUGAAGGGAACAGAAAAUGUCAAUCACGCUCGCCCUCGCCGUGGGUCAAAUAAUCAAGGAUACGGAGACUACUGCGGCAGCGCUGAGUAUGUUUUGCAACAUGGUGAAGAUUCCGGACUCUUUGAUCACACUCAGACGGCCAAAGACGGUUCGCAAGCGCUUUUCGAAGUUUCCUACGGAUAGUUUUAUACUUGCAUGAUUGCGCCAACACAUGGGCCCUGCACAGAAUGCAAUGGCUGUGGGAUUGUGGGAAUGCUAAUUCCAGUAGAUGCGGAAGCUUCAUCAUCUUCGACACUAAGUGGUGCACCGACAUCACGGAAGCACCUACUUGUCUAAGGGAAGAAGUCUGCUGCCUAUGGCCAAUAUGCGGUAAAUUUUGUCAAAGUCCAGGCGUUCAUCAACCUCAUUAUGGACGAGACCAAGGUGCAUAUUGAAGAUCGCGAUGGCACAC